AGCCACAACAUUCCUUCCUUCCUUCCUUCUAAGCACAAAAGCAAAAACAAAAUGGCAGGAGGAGCUUUUGUGUCAGAAGGAGGAAGUGGUGGAACGGAUUAUGAAGGAGGAGUCACAGUUUUCGUUGUCAUAACAUGUAUGGUUGCGGCCAUGGGAGGUCUCCUCUUUGGUUAUGACCUUGGAAUCUCAGGAGGUGUGACAUCAAUGGAUGAGUUUCUUAGCAAGUUCUUCCCACAAUUAGAGAAGCAGAGGGUAAAGGCGAAGCACGAGACGGCUUACUGCAAAUUUGAUGACCAAAAACUCCAAUUGUUUACUUCUUCUCUCUACUUAGCAGCUUUGGUAGCUUCCUUUGUGGCUUCGGUUGUUACUAGGAAGUAUGGACGAAAGGUUUCCAUGUUUACCGGUGGACUUGCUUUCCUCACCGGUGCACUAAUCAACGCCUUUGCCAUUAAUGUUACAAUGCUCAUCAUCGGUAGACUUUUGCUCGGUGUAGGUGUGGGAUUUGCUAAUCAGUCUACUCCGGUUUACCUCUCGGAAAUGGCUCCAGCAAAGAUAAGAGGAGCGCUAAACAUUUGUUUCCAGGUGGCUAUUACGUCUGGAAUCUUGGUGGCGAAUCUGAUCAACUAUGGAACAUCUAAUAUGGCUAAAAAUGGGUGGAGGGUUUCUUUAGGUUUAGCAGCUGUUCCAGCAAUUCUUAUGGUGAUCGGAUCAUUCUUUUUGCCCGAUACACCAAACUCAAUGCUUGAGAGAGGAAAAUACGAGGAAGCAAAACAAAUGUUGAAGAAAGUACGAGGAACAGAAAACGUUGACCAUGAGUUUCAAGAUAUACGCGAUGCAUGUGACGCUGCUAAAGAGGUAGAACAUCCAUGGAAAAACAUCAGGCAGAGCAAAUACAGACCAGCUUUAGUCUUCUGCUCGGCCAUUCCCUUUUUCCAGCAGAUUACUGGAAUUAAUGUCAUUAUGUUCUACGCUCCUGUUCUCUUCAAGACUCUUGGUUUUGGAGAUGAUGCUGCUCUUAUGUCGGCAGUAAUAACCGGUGUAGUUAACGUGCUCGCGACCUUUGUCUCCCUAUACUCGGUUGAUAGAUUUGGAAGAAGGUUUCUUUUCCUUGAAGGUGGCAUUCAAAUGUUCAUAUGUCAGAUUCUUGUUGGUUCAUUUAUCGGUUUAAAAUUCGGAACCACGGGAACUGGAACCUUGACACCAGCAACAGCAGACUGGAUUCUUGUUUUCAUAUGUGUGUACGUUGCUGGAUUUGCAUGGUCAUGGGGUCCAUUGGGUUGGUUAGUACCCAGUGAGAUCUGUCCAUUGGAAAUCAGACCAGCAGGACAAGCCAUCAACGUCUCAGUCAACAUGUUCUUCACUUUCCUCAUCGGUCAAUUCUUCUUGACAAUGCUUUGUCACAUGAAGUUUGGUCUCUUCUACUUCUUCGCAGGCAUGGUUGCCAUCAUGACCAUCUUCAUCUACUUCUUGUUUCCGGAGACCAGAGGUGUUCCCAUUGAAGAGAUGGCAAGAGUUUGGAAGCAACAUUGGUUCUGGAAAAAUUACAUUCCAGAUGAUGCAGUUAUUGGUGGACAUGAUGAAAACUAAACCAAUUCGGUUUAAGUGGAAUUGGUUCGGUCAUAUAUGUUCAUCAAUUAUGAGUUGUUUUCAUGUUAAUGCUGUCUAGAUAAUUUGUUAAUUACCUGAUUCAUUACCUUAAUAUGUACGAUGCUUCUUUAUUGUCUUUUACAUUUCUUAUAUGAAUAAACCAAAUGCUUGAUUCACACAAUAAACCAAAAACCAAGCAGUAUUGUAGCUUUCUUGAUGGUCGGUGUGUAUCCACAUCAGUCAUUGGUUUGAUUCCCUUUGAAAAUUAAAUUAUCACUGAUUUGUAAGUCUAGGUUUGGUCUUCGGUCCAAAUAGUUAACAUAUUGAGCUGU